AUGAAGAUCUUUCUGUGGCAGAUGGCAGCUCUUGCCACGAGUGGAUGCGCACUUGCCUCACCCAAGUCUACCAAACAACUAUCGCCUCAAACGCUCUAUCAGCUUGAUGUGGGCUCUGGCAUGGAGAACAUUGCUGUGCGAUCGAAUGGCCAAAUUCUCACCACAGGUCUUGGGCCGCCAGUCGUUUUUCAAUCCAACCCUCUCUCAGUUAAAGCGCCCGUUGAACUCGCCACCUUUCCGGGUGUGACAUCUCUUUUCGGUAUUGCGGAGAUAAUGCCCGAUGUCUUCGCUGUUGGCACUGGCAACUUGACCAGUGUUCCGGUACCGGGUAGUUAUUCCGUCUGGCAGAUGGAUCUCCGAUCCGGGGACCCAAUCCUCGCGAAACUUGUCGAUAUACCUGAGGCCGGAUUGCUUAACGGUAUAACUGCGCUCCCAACCCAAGGAAAGAAGAAGAGCAGUGCCUAUAAGGCGAAUGCAACUCUUCUUUUAUCCGAUACCGUCGGGGGUGUUGUCUACCAUCUCGACCCUACCACGCUCAACUAUACCGUUGUGCUUUCAGAUGAAACCAUGAGACCGCCUCCGACAGAUGGUGUGCCUGCUGGUGUCAAUGGUAUUAGGUUUCGGGAUGAAGAUCAAUCCCUCUAUUACACCAAUAUUUUCCGUCAGCUCUUCUGCCGCAUUCCAUUGUCUCUUAAGACCACGGCCACUGGCCAACUAAAAGUAUCGGCCAGUGGACCUGCUGAGAUUAUUGCAUCGGGAUUUCCUGGGGACGAUUUUGCACUCGCAUCGGACGGAACAGCCUACAUUGGGGCUAACCCUGUGAACACGGUAUUUAAAGUGGCUGGGGAUGGAACGGUGACUACUUUCCUCGGGGGCUUGAAUGAAACAAUCGCUGCAGGAGCUACAAGCGUGGCAUUUGGCCGAACUCGGAAAGACAAGAAUGUCCUCUACAUUACCACAAACGGCGGAUCGAAUAAUCCAGUGAAUGGUAUUCUUGAGGGGGGGAAGCUUGUGGCUGUUCAGCUAUAA